GUCCGCGUUCGCGAGUGGCCGCAAAGGCACGGAGGAGGUGGAGCGGCACGGCGGCGGCGUGGAGCACCGCGCGCGGGACAAGCAGGAGCUGCCCAGUGGGGACCCCAAGGAGGGACUUUCUCGGGAGGACCAGUGUCCCCUAGAGGGUAAGUCCUUCCCCAAACCUCAUGGACUCCCUCGCACCCGAGGCACCUGCCCGGGACCUGCCCUCAGGCCCGCCCGGACGAGCUGAGCCCCUGAAGACGAGGACCACCCACACGCCAUCUCCUCAGCUUGGCCCACCAGACCCGGCCCAACCCUGGUGGCUACAGGUCCCCAGUGAUGGCCGCUCUCAGGCGCAGGCGAGCUGUGAGCUGCAUCCAUCCCCUACUUUUAUAAGCAAUUUGUUCCUGAAAUGGACUUGGGAACGCCUUUCACUCGGCCUCCUUACCCAAAGCAGGCGCCUUGGGUCUUGGGUCUUGGGUCUGGGCAUCAGAGAAGCCAAAGCUCGAGUCACAGGAGCUUGUCCACCUUCAGAGUUCCCGUGAGCCUGGACAUGCAGGCGGCAUGGCCCAACUCCCAAGAGAGGGAUCGGUGGUGCUUCCACCUGAGAAGGCCGAGGGCCUCGAGGGCCCAGGACAGCUCUUCAGCGCGGACGAUGGAGAGAGAGCAGCACACCGCGAGGCCCCGCGAGGACUGGGCAGGAAGCGCCUGGACAUCGACGUAGGUCUUUGCCCCAGCCUGGCUCUCCUGCAGGCGCUCCAGUGCGACGUCUCGGUGGAGGAGGACAACCGCCAGGAGUGGACAUUCACGCUCUACGGCUUUGACAACAGCGGAAAGGCCACCAGGGAGGACAUGUCCAGCCUGAUGCACACCAUCUACGAGGUUGUGGACGCCUCGGUCAACCACUCAUCGGGCAGCAGCAAGACGCUCCGUGUGAAGCUGACCGUCAGCCCCGAGCCAUCUGGCAAGAGGAAGGAGGGGCCCCCCGCUGGCCAGGACCGGGAGCCCGCUCGCUGCGGGAUGGAGGGCGAGCUGACCGAGGACUCAAGGGUGGCUGACAAGAGGCUGUCCGCCCACAUCAGGAGGCCCAGCGCCGACCCCCACCCCUGCCCUGUGCGCGGGUCCUACUGCGUGGACGAGAACACGGAGCGGAGAAACCACUACCUGGACCUGGCCGGCAUUGAGAACUACACAUCCAGAUUUGGGCCCGGGUCGCCACCAGCACAGGCCAAGCAGGAGCACCAGGGCAAGGCCAUGUGCCCCCAGAGUAGGUCCCGCUCGCAGGAGUCGGACGCCCACACCAUGCACCACCGCAGGUCCCAGGUGCUGGCUGACCAUACCCUGCUGGCCACGGAGCCCGCUGCCCGGGCCCUGGAUGGGCAACCCCGGCUGAAGGGGCAGGAGAAGCAGCUCCUCAAGUCUCCCAAGGGCUCGGGGAGGCCGCCCGGGGGGCCCAGCGGGGGCAAGUCCGGGAGAUCCUUCAGCUACCACCCACCGGCCGCCCUGCCGCAGGCCCCCCAGGACGGCCACCACCUCCCGCAGCCCCAGCCACAGUCCUACGGCCACAAGCGGUACCGGCAGAAGGGCAGGGACGGCCACUCGCCACUCAAGGCGACGCUGGGCCAGCCCGCGGCAGUGGAGCACGAGGUGGUGAGGGACCUGCCGCCCGUGCUGGUGGGCGAGGGCUACGCGGUGCCCGUGGUCCAGCGCCACGAACACCACCACCACCACGAGCACCACCACCACCACCACUACCACCACCACGCCCCGUCCUAGCGCGGCCCCAGCCCCACGCCACGAGGACACGGCAGAGCAGGCCCUGCCUCGGCUCCUCUCCUGCUGCCGCGGACGCUGCGUCGAGAUCAACUCAUUUGAUGCCACUGACGUUUCCCGGUUUACAAAGCUAUUUUGUGUAAUCCAUAAAGAUCGUACAUAAGCCUAGAAAAACGCACUUGUAUCUUUCGUCUGUGAUUCCAAAACGAGGCCCCGCAGCAUUGAAGGGACUCUGCUGGACGGCCUUCGAGUCUGUUUCUCAGGGCGCCACGUGCUCUGGGCGCACGGGGCUGGGAGGUGCAGCAUGGCAGCCUCGUGUAAUGUCUUCUUUAUAAAGCCAAAGGCGUGGGUCUGGGGAGCUGCCCCUCAGCGCUGUGUGUGUGGUGGUGAGUUCCACUCCGGGACACGGCCACACGGGACAGACGGGACAGUUCCUGGGAGAGCAUAGAGAGCAGAGGCAGGCGGGCUGGCACGGCUGCGGGCAGCUCUGGUCUCACGUGCCACCAGCAUCUUAAGUGGACACAGACGCAACAGCAGGGCCAGGGGAGGUGGUGGACUCUGCCUAAACCACGCAGACAGCUGGGCAGGAGGCCAGGUUCUCGUCCUCAGAGGACUCACCCAGGCAUCGCAAUACUCGUGGCGCAGCUUCCAUGACACUCAGCUCUGGGGAAGCGUGAUCCCCUCCUGGGGGUUAGGAGAGGGUCCCAGGUCGGCAGGAGGUGCCAGGAUGUGUGGGUAAUGAUGGUGUCGCUGAGUCCAGGAACCUCGGCUGGCAGUGGUCCCACUGAGGCAGGAGGCUGCUGCUCCGUCCGAGAGGAGCCAGUGGGCGUGCUGGCAACCUGUGUGUCUGUGCCAGAGACGUUGCUCUGCCUUCUUGGCUCUGUCUUUAAGGAUAAAGCAAAUUGGUGGUCAACUCGUGCUUGAGCUUUUUCCCCUGAGUCAUAAUAAAAACCUGCAUUUUAUAACAUGUUA